GCCCGUCAGUCAGUCAGGCAGGCAGUCGGUCCGAGCGGCUGGCUGCUCCUCGGCUCUCCCGAGCGGCGGCCUCCCUCUUUCCUCCCGGCCAGCGGCGGCGGCGGCUGCAGCGGCGGCGGCGCGGUCCCCCGGGAGGCGCGGCGUGGGCCGAGCGGCGGCCGCGGAGCGUCGAGCCCAGCGCGGCGUCUGCGGCGGCCCGGCAGCCAACAUGGCGGCGGCGGCGGCGGGCGCGGGCCCCGAGAUGGUCCGCGGGCAGGUGUUCGACGUGGGGCCGCGCUACACGAAUCUCUCUUACAUCGGCGAGGGCGCCUACGGCAUGGUGUGCACUUACCCAGAGGAGACCAGAAGUAAUGUCUUACUGCCCGUCCGUGUUCUUUCAUUGCUUCGCUCUGCUUAUGAUAAUGUCAACAAAGUUCGAGUAGCUAUCAAGAAAAUCAGCCCUUUUGAGCACCAGACCUACUGCCAGAGAACCCUGAGGGAGAUAAAAAUCUUACUGCGCUUCAGACAUGAGAACAUCAUUGGAAUCAAUGAUAUUAUUCGAGCACCAACCAUCGAGCAGAUGAAAGAUGUAUAUAUAGUACAAGACCUCAUGGAAACAGAUCUCUACAAGCUCUUGAAGACGCAACACCUCAGCAACGACCAUAUCUGCUAUUUUCUUUACCAGAUCCUCAGAGGGUUAAAAUAUAUCCAUUCAGCUAACGUGCUGCACCGUGACCUCAAACCUUCCAACCUGCUGCUCAACACCACCUGCGAUCUCAAGAUCUGUGACUUUGGCUUGGCCCGUGUUGCAGAUCCGGACCAUGAUCACACAGGGUUCCUGACAGAGUACGUUGCCACACGUUGGUACAGGGCUCCGGAAAUUAUGUUGAAUUCCAAGGGCUACACCAAGUCCAUUGAUAUUUGGUCUGUAGGCUGCAUCCUGGCAGAGAUGCUCUCCAACAGGCCCAUCUUCCCGGGGAAGCAUUACCUCGACCAGCUGAACCACAUUCUGGGUAUUCUUGGAUCCCCAUCCCAGGAAGACCUGAAUUGUAUAAUAAAUUUAAAAGCUAGGAACUAUUUGCUUUCUCUUCCGCACAAAAAUAAGGUGCCAUGGAACAGGCUGUUCCCAAAUGCUGACUCCAAAGCUCUGGAUUUACUGGACAAGAUGUUGACGUUCAACCCUCAUAAGAGGAUUGAGGUGGAACAGGCUCUGGCCCACCCGUACCUGGAGCAGUACUACGACCCAAGUGACGAGCCCAUCGCCGAAGCACCAUUCAAGUUUGACAUGGAAUUGGAUGACUUGCCCAAGGAAAAGCUCAAAGAACUCAUUUUUGAAGAGACCGCUAGAUUCCAGCCAGGAUACAGAUCUUAAAUUUCUCAGGGCAUACAUGCUGUGUGCUCACCCCAGUGAGCAGAACAGACAGGACUGAACGUGGCCCCCGAGGAGCACGUGGCCUGAGAGGGGAGAAAGACACAGACCAUCAUGCACAUCUUUGGUGUAGAACAUCUGGGGGUGAUGGAGCUAUCAGUUUGUCAUUGUUCAUUUAAUCCCUGUCACGUACUUUAGUGCCGGGUAGGAGGGAACGGAUGGGUAAGACCCAGGCUUUGCUUUCUAGCAGCCUGAUGGCAGGACCCGGGGAGUCAGGCCCAGCAUUGUGGUGCUGCACCAGGGGAGGGUUCGACCCCAAAGAUGCAGAGCGCCGGGAGGGGGCGCCCCGCUGGUGGGGAGGGGCCCGCCUCUCCUCACAGGUGGUCUCAGGUCCUGAAGUGUCAGGGCAUCUGACACUGGGCAGUCUGGGUGGCGGGACCUCAGCAGGGACUUGUGGGGUGGCUGGUCAGGCAGCAGGCACAGGGGAACGUGACAGUGACUAGGGUCCUGGGCCACAGGACAAGGCUGCUGACUGGAUGCCUACUGGAGGCCAUUAGCACACGGGGACCAAGCCCACCCGGGGCCCACCCCAGCUCUGAGUAUCCAGGGUUGGGGCCUGUCACCAGUGGAGGCGGUGGCAGGGGGGUUGCUCUGUGUUUAGUUCACUUCCUCCAGGCACACAGAAGGCACAGAAUGUGCUUGUAGCCUGAUUUUUUUCCCAAACGUUUUUUAAAUGACAAUUUUUACCUAUUCUGAGAAGUUGAGGGUUUUACAGUAGACACCCAUAUUCCCACCACCCUGAUCCUAUGAUUAACGUUUUAUUAUACUUUCUUUGCCUUUUCACGUAUCUGUCCAUGCAUUCCUCCAUCUGCCCAUCAAUCCAUCUUGUUUUUUUCUGUGCAUUUCAAAGGAAAUUUCCAACAUCUAGACUGACUUAUAAUUUAGUCAUCUAGGAUAGAAGAGUGAGUGCAGAGGAGGGUGGGUUGGGGGCGUUGUUAAGCUCUGGGCCAGGUUCUUUCACACACAUUGCCUUUUGAGGAUCACAGCAGCGUUUUCUGAAGUCAGCACACAGCCCAGGUCUACGCUUGACGAAACUGAAGGAGUGUGUUUAAGCAUUUUGCUCAAGAUUAUACAUCAGUGGCAAAACUAGGCAGAGAGUCCAGGUCCUUUAGACUCAGAAAUCUUUUUUCACCUAGAUUUGCUCCCCAGGGAGGUGGAGGGACCGGGGUGUGAGUUCCCAGUCUGCAGCGAGGGCGGAACUGCACAGAGGAGAGCCUGGAGGUGUUGGUGCUGUGACACACGGGGCCGCCGGGGAAACGUGCUCAUACAGCUGUGGGGGCUUUGCUGGAGGGGACAGCAGGGACCGCUCCAGAGGAGACCCUAGGUGUCCCCUGCUCGCUGAUGUUCUUAGUGGCGGCUCUGAGUGAUUGUAAAGGGUCAAAGUAUGUUCAUUAUAUUUUGUUUAAGGGGCUCUAUUUUAGAAAUGUUUUCACUGGAAAGGUAAAAAGGUAUAAGUGGUUAAUACAUUGUGACAAGUCUCCGAUUCCUCCAGCCUUGGGUCUCAGCCUCAUCCUUACAGACCAUCUCCUUACCUGCUUCCCUGAGAAGCUGGGGAAGAGGAGGUGGUGCCUGCCUUUCUUCCUCCUUCACCAGCCCGUCGCUGGACUUUCUCGGGGGGUGGUGGGGGACUGAUUACUAGGGGCAUUAAUCUGUUGUUUCCCUUUGGUUUCAUUAAAGAUAAAAGCAUUUAGGGCAGUUUUAGUUUUCUGCCAGCUGCUAGGUGUGGCUGCAGUUCAUGGUGGCACGCCUCUAGGGGGAGGUCACGUCUUGUCCCCCGAGCUCGUCUCCCCGAGCAGCAGACAAGGACUAUCCACCUGGCAGUGCCUGUGAGCCAGGUGACACCUGCCGGUGGGCGUUUAACAGGCCACGUCUCCAGGGGAAGGAAGGUCUGCUUUGCUCGCAUCCUGACACACUCGAUUACCCUCAUGCUGUCUCCACGCGGCUUCGUUGUGAGACAGAGAACGUGCGCUUCUCCUCCCCAGGAUGGUCCUCGGGGUGGAGGGAAUUCCCACGUCCACCCACGCCCCACCCCCAGCCGUCUGUGCUCACAGCCAAGAACUGCUAGUCUGGAAACAGGUGGAGUGGAUUUAACCCAGAAUAUAAUUUCCUCAAGUAAGAUAGAGAUGUUAGGAGAGUGAUGGGGGACCUCAGGGGCCUCCUGAGGGAUCCUCGGACAUCUGCAGGGCCAGGGGGGCCUGGCGGGACAGCAGCCAUUGGGUCGCCUCCUGCACUUCCAGGGUCCAGGCCCACCAGCUUCACGCUUCCUACCAGCACUUGGUUGUGCUUGUUGUGCUUAGUCACAGAAAACUUGAGCAUUAAAAAAAAAAACACUUUCUGCCUCCUGUGUGGUUGAUUCUGACCUACCUGCUCAUCCAGAGAGAGAGAGACGUGCUGAGAAUAGGAGGCAGAAGCGUUUUCCACUUCACACAUGUGUUUACAAAGAUUCUCAGACUCUGGUUUGGACCGUUGGUUAAUGGCAUCUGGGGAACACUGACGCCGGCCUGGCUGUGAGCGAGCGUGCGUGUCUCCCCCUGAGUAUUCUGGAAACAUCCUCUGUGAAACGUCUGAGAGAAAAGGUGCCCGGGGAUGGGGGCGUGGAGGCAAGCCCACCCUUGAGGAGCCUCGGGUGUGGCUCGUGCCACGUGGUUCUGAGGGAGAUGACCUUUCCUGCAGGAGUGUUUUUCCUUUGCUUUUUCACUCUUCCGUUUUCCUAGCACUGCUGCUGCUGCUUUUCCCACGUGGUUCACCCUUAGCUCACAGUCGGUCUGUCUGUUUCCCAACAGGACACGGGCUCCGAGGACGGGCCACGCGCAGGCAUCGCUGUUCUUCCUCCCAGCUCCUGACCCCGGGCCCGUCUCCAGCCUGUCUCGGCGUGUCCACCUGACUCCUUUGAGCCAUUCGGAGGGGCAGUUUCUGGUAGUUGUGGCUUUUAUGCUUUCAAAGAAUUCCUUCAGUCCAGAGAACUGUUCCUGGCACCCCUGUGUGUGUCGCCCUCCGGUGACCUGUGGCAGUAUGUACUUCAGGGCACCUACUGCUCACCUUGCUUUAGUCACUAAUCGCUUUCUGGUUUGAAAGAUGCAGUGGUUCCACCCUCCCUAGUCCUCCCUCCCGAUGCCCUGCUGACCCCGCCCUCACCGUCGGUCACUGCGUCUCACCUUCCGGGAGGGUGGCCGCUCCUCGGGCACUUUAAGGCAGUGACGGCCCCUCUUUGCACUCCUCUCCCACCCUGCCGGGGCCCCUGCAGCUCGUGCUCCCGCCCCUGGACCCUGUGGGUGCUCGUCAGCACCUUUCCUUUUGUCAUAUUAAUCUCUAGCAGAUGUAAGGUAUAUGUACUGCUUGCCCAACUUUUAGAAAAUUCAGCCCUUUUUCUAAAUAAAAGGAAGAAAUCCUGCAUCGGGCAGUUCCACCUGUACCAUUUACAGGGGCACAGCACUUGCCAAAAUGUGUUAUAUACAGUUCUGGGUGUUUGCAAGACUUAUGCAAAAAGACGUAAAGUGGCAGCUUCUCUCGGGAUUUGGUGAGAGGUGCGUGAGGUCAUGCAUGCUGCCCAGGUGGUGUGGGGCUGAGCUCCACGCCCAGUGGGCACAGGUGCCACGGGCGCUGUAGCCACGCUCGAUGCCUGAGGGUCUAGCGGAGAGGAACACUGCGUCUUUCAAUGAGAAAGUGUACACUUCCUUUUCCUCCUACAGCAUGUCAGCAUCUCAAGUUCAUUUUCAACCUACGAUAUAACAGUUUGUAAUAAAGCCUCCGUGAGCUCACGACUGGAGCACUGUUCUUUCGUCAAGUGCUCGCUCACGUCUCUGAUGUCACCGAGCUCAGGCCGUCAGGAGCAGCUAGCACUAGGUCCUGCGUGCAAGGAGCCCUAGCCCCUGCCCUCCUGAGCCCUCUAGUGUUUGUUCCCGCCGCCGCACCCUGUGGUGUGGACUCGGUGUUCUGUCCCCGUGCGGUGCCUCCUCUUGACUCCCCCACUGCUCUGUGUGGUGAGAAAUCUGCCUUGUUCAGUAAUUACUGUACCCUCGCAUGACUGUUACAGCUUUCUGUGCGGAGAUGACUGUCCAAGUGCCACAUGCCUAUGAUUGAAACAAAAAAUCUAUUGUUACCUCUGAGUUGUGUUCCACGGAAAAUGCUAUCCAGCAGAUCACUUAGGAAAAAUAAUUCUAUUUUUAGCUUUUCAUUUCUCAGCUGUCCUUUUUUUCUUGUUUGAUUUUUGACAGCAAUGGAGAAUGGGUUAUAUAAAGACUGCCUGCUAAUAUGAACAGCAAUGCACUUGUAAUUCAUGGAAAUAAAUGUACAUCUUCUAUCUUCA